AUGCCCUACUUCGCUCCUCUCCCUCAACGAGAUGGAAGACAUUUCUCUCCGCCUCCCCAAGAGAGCCAAGUUCUGGUUACAGGUGCGGGCCCCAGUGGGCUGUUCGCUGCAUAUCUUCUCGCUAAGCAAUCAAUCCGUUCUGCCAUUGUUGAACGCCAUGAAUACAGACUAGGCCAACCCAAGGCACAUGCAAUCAACCCACGCUCCUUGGAGAUUUUUCGACAAAAGGAUGCAUUUUGGGUCCGAUUCAAUACCGGUCUUACGGGGAUUGACCUUGGGGCUUUACCCUAUGAGAGACAAGAUGAGGCUGUCAAGCAACUGACGCCCGAGCCGCUCUUUAACAUACCCCAACCUGUUCUAGAGUCAUUCCUGGAAGAGGCAGCUCUUGCUACCGGAUUAGUAACAAUCCAUCGUGGAUGGACAUGGGAGAACGUCUCUUUUGACGAACAAGGUCGUCCCAAAUCGAAGCUUUCCAGUCGUAGCGAGGCCAACAAAAUCAUGGAGUUGACAUCUGACGUUCUCAUCGGUGCAGAUGGUACAGAUUCCAAGGUUCGAAGUGUGAUAGACGAGAUUCAAUGGGAGGCUGUAUCUGAUUGCCGCGAAGAAAAGACCUUCUACUGCUCUAUCCAUGGAGUAGGGAGUAUCCGAUCUCUCGUUACUGCCACCAACAACUUAGCACAGCUUUACUUUUGCCUUCAUCCUGCUCACCCAUGUGGGCUGAUUGUCUAUGAUCUCUCCGGGUCGUGGGUACAUACGCACGCCGUUGACCGGUCCAUCGACCAUGUAGAGGACUAUACACAGCAGGAUUGUCGCCGUCUAAUCGAUGACUGCAUCGGCCCGGGAGUUGAAUAUACGGUUCAAUCCGCCAAUCAAUGGUAUACAUGGCCGAGGGUGGCUAGUUCAUAUCAUAACAAAAAUGUGCGGCUUUUCCUUGUCGGAGAUGCAGCUCACUCCUUUCCCCCACAGGGUGGUCUAGGCAUCAACACCGGGAUUGCUGAUGUACACAAUCUCAUCUGGAAGUUAGACUAUGCUUUUCGAAGAAGAUUCUCUGGCUGCGAACAACUAUUGACGAGCUAUACGCAGGAACGCCGACCAGUAGCGAUCAGAAAUACGCUGCAGUCUGCCACGAACGAGAAGAAUUGGGUUGCAUUCACUCAAUUUGCUGGCUACAUGGUAAACAUGGCAUCUUCAUUCGAGGGUGGGGACCAAGACUUCUUUCAACAGGACUAUGUUAAGAAAAUCAUGUUGGAUGCUAUUGCAGCUACGAAACCUCACUUCGACUCCCUCCGUUUGCAGCUGGGAUAUGUGUAUGACAAAGAGGCACCGAUAGACACCACGGUACCACAGGGUUGCUGGGCUUUCUUACCGUCAGCACAACCCGGUGCUAGGCUUCCACAUACGUGGAUUGAUCCAUCAAAAUCGGUAUUGGAUCUUAUUACAUAUGAUGGGUUCAUGCUUUUAUACGAUGGGGGUGAUUUUGGACGAGACUCGUACCAGAUUAACGGCGAUACAAUUAUGGUCGAUAAAAUCAACGUUAACGAUCUAGGAAACCUCCCAGGAUGGUUCGUAUCUCUAAAAAUUGCAGAGAAUAGUGGAAUUUUGGUCCGACCAGACCAACAUAUCCUUGUAUUGGUGAAAUCGGACUCCGAAGUGGAAGAAUCUUUGAAAUCUUACCUAGGUGAGUGA